AAUUGGAAGAGAGUCCGAUUAACAUGAGUAAAACGCCAGUUUCCAUUCUCCAAGAGAUGAUGGUGAAGCAGGGUAUGACGCCUGAUUACGAAUUGAUACAUGACGGCGGAGGGCGUCAUGUGAACACUUUCACGUAUCGCGUUACAUGCGACGGUCUUAGUGCAACUGGUACCGGUCGUUGUAAGAAAGAUGCUAAACACGAAGCUGCUAAAUUUAUGCUGACAGAGAUCGCUGCACAUAGAAACUACCCACAGCUGACAGCCGCUAAUACGCCAACAGUGUCUCCGUCAAGAUCACCGUUCCAUUGCGGGCCGCCUCCACCAAAGAUGUCGAAUAUGCCUUUUUUCAAUUCCGUAGGUGAAUUGCAGGAACUUUGUAUGAUUAAUAAUCUGCAUGACCCAGAAUAUAUUCUUAUCCGGGAUAUUGGACCGCCGCAUGCCAGAGUCUUUACUAUUCGAUGUAAAAUAUCUAAUUUUGAAGAGGACGGAACAGCAACCACGAAAAAGCAAGCGAAACACGAUGCUGCAAAAAGAAUGGUGGAUAGAAUCAAAGGUCUCGUGGAUAAUUCAGAAUUCUAUAAACAGAAGAGUAACGAAGAGGAAUUUUCGACCUUAUCCAUUGCGACUCUCGACACGGAAUUACUGAACAGAAAUGCAGAAGAGCGCUACUGCGCAUUGACUAAAGCCGCGAGAAAAAUUAACUUGGGUAUUAAAUUAUCUGAAUAUCAUAUCAAAUGGAAAGAUUCCUCGGAGGCGGAAAGGAUCGAUAAAAUAUUAGAACACUUGGAACAUAUGUUUCCCACUGAAUUUUUUAAACUGAAUGAAUUCGUUACUGAGGAAUUCAUACAGGAGAAGAUAGAUCAGUUGAGCUAUAUGAUGAGAGAAAUCGAUGUAACAAUUAUUGUAACGGAUUUACCUACACAUGAUGAUCUAUACUUCAUGAAAUCAAUACAGAUUACUACUUGUCCUGUUCUCACGCAGAUUGGUAGGGGAAAGAGUAAGGUGGAGGCUUUCUGGAGUGCGUUAACCCAAACGAUAGAGGCACUAAAAUUACUUCUAUUCUAAAAUAAAAGAUCGCUAAAGUAUAAUUUACGUGAUUCUAAAUUUUAUACAAUAAUAUAAAUUAAGUUCUUUUCCAGUGUUAUACACUUUUCAGAAGGUUUUGAAAGAUUUAAAACUGAUAAUUUGGUUUAGUUUUAUUUACUGUACAAUGUUAACAUUUAUCUUUAUCUCUUAGUGCUGUGCAAAGCGAGGCAAUUUUUAUUUUAUUAUAUAUAUUGUCAUAAACAUGUGGAAGAUAGGAAACUAUUUUAUUUUUAUAAAGUAUAUUUUCGCAGCAUAAGAAUUACAAAAUCUAAUCGUACAGAAGACUGUUACCUUUUUUGUUAUUGAUUUAUGUAGUGCUAACGGUGUAAGAAAGGCGAAAAAUUAUAAUUAAGUUAAUUUUUAUUUUGCAUUUAUACUGUUUAAAACUCGUGUAAGGAUGCACGUGAUUAACGUUCUAAUACGUUGUGAUUUACUUUAGUAAACAAUAUAUUUUUGUAUGUUGCACGAGUAGUUAAAAAUAUUAUGCGAUUUGUAUUCUGUAUCUAAAGUAAACGUUUAAACAUUCACAGUUUACCAUGAUAUCUUGCUUGAUAUACUAUUGCUUGAUUCUUCACAGGAAGCAAUAAUAUAACAAAUUUAAGAAUUGUACCUGAUAUCAUUCAAAUAUAAUUGUAUAUUAUUUAA